AUAUACUGGGCGCAUCGGAUAACGCAGCGCAGCACAGCUGAGAAAUUGUUUCCUCAACCGCUGAUAACGCCCGUUAAAAAAGUACACGUAAAUCAAUAAUCCCGUGGUGAAGCGUCGCGAAAGGUAAUAUCUCUCGUCCGAUAAACUCGGCCCCGCGUGUUAUCCGUUGCUCGCGUUCGACCCUAUUUAUCGGCGUUAAAAAGUAUUGAUUUCGAACACUGUGUGUGUGUAUGAGUUGACACACCGUCUGCUAUAUAAGUUCGUAAUAAUAAUUCGAUUUUGACGAACGACCGUGACCACCACGCGCGCGUAGCGGGCACCCGUCGAAGAAAAUUUUGCGCAAUUGACGUGUAAAUAACGCGAAAUAUAAUACUAUCGAAGUCGAGUCGGGGGAGCACAAACUUGGCGAACGAAAAUGCGAUGUUUUCAACGAAAGCGCAUCUGAUAAAGAAGACGGGUAAACACGGGGUGGGACGGCCUGAAUUUCUCGAGCAGCUGAAACAAGAAUACAAAACAACCAAGUCACUGGAUGCUAAAAAGCAAGUUUUGGCUAACUUGGCGAAUUUCUGUUACGACCCGAUAAAUUACGAGUAUCUUUGGAGAUUGCGGAUUCUCGACUUGUUUUUCGAAGCUCUGGAUGAAAAAAAUAGAGAACUUGUAAUUUUUGCUGCAGGCGGCAUCUGCAACAUAUGCUUACAUCCUCUAAGUAGAGAGUAUAUCAUAAGGACAAAAGGAUAUGAAAAAAUAGCUGCACUCUUAUGGAAAUCUGAAGAGCUUAUUUUAUCAGCUCUCACAACUUUGAUGUACUUAAUAACAAGAGAAUCAAAAGAGCUCAUUGUUACUGCAUCAAUAACUGAAAAAGUUGAAGAAUUAUCGAAACAUAAGGAAGUGCGCAUAAGAAAUUUAGCAGUGGUAUUUCUGCGAGAUUUUUGUGGAAAAAAAGUAACAGAAGUAUCUGAGUCUGACACUGCAACUACUGAAUCUAAUGUACCAGAUGAUUCAAACUUAAAAACUGAUGAAAGUAAAUGCAUGAAAAAUUUUAAAAUUGUACAGAAACCCAGUAGAAUUGUUGUAAACAAUCUUGAUGAAAGUGAAGUUCAACCAAUCGUAAGACUAUCAACACAUCCUAGAAGAAGAUUGUGGCAUAAGCAAUUUGUUCAAAAUAUGUCUGUUCCUUUACUAAACACGAAAAAAACAAAAAUGUUCCGCACUAUGUUUACUUCUGCAAAGAAGUAUUGUACUAAAAUAUCUUCUGGUUCGGCUGCAGCAAAUUUAGAAAAUCUCAAAAUUGGAGAUAAAGUUUCUAUCCAGAGAACAGUUACAGAAGAUGAUGUGUUGGGAUUUGCAAAAUUGACUAAUGAUUACAAUCCCAUUCAUAUUAACUCAACCAAAAAUAUAGUUCAUGGUGCAUUUUUAAAUGGACUAUUAUCAGGUAUUCUUGGAACGAAACUACCUGGACCUGGUACAGUAGUUGUUGAACAAAUAUUAAGGUAUCCAAAACCUUGUUAUGUUGGAGAUACAGUUGAAAUUUCUGUAGAAAUAACUUCUGUGAGAAAAAUAGUGAAGUGCAAGUAUACAUGUAUGGCUAAUUCUGAAAGAAUCGUUAUGGAAGGAGAAGCCAAAUUAGUGACAGAUUCAACUAGAACUCAAAAAAUUACCUUUACAAAAUAAAUUGCUAUUCUA